UCAGUCGAGUUCAGGCUACCAACCGUGGUAGACUAUAACGCCGGAAAAGAGCUUGCUAUCUAACUUUUUUAAUUUUUUAUAUUUUACUGAACAGUGAUGUGUUAAGAAGGAACGUUUGGUUCUUCUAAAUGGUUUCGGCUUAUUCUUCUUCAAACUGCUUUUUUUCGUCUCGCUUCCAUCAAACGACGGCACAACAAUUACGACAACAAACGACAAUGGCAAAAGGACCUCAAGUCGUGUCUUAAAAAAAAUAUCGUUUAAUUUAAUUUCGCCGCAACUUUCAAAUAAUAAUAUCCUUUUGCGUUGGUGCGUAUAGCUUGACGUGACGUGCGUGACGUUUGUCGGUGUCUGUGAGUGUCACAGUGCAAUUAUAAUUCCCAACAAAAAUAAAAUUUAAAUUAAUGAAACCUCUUAGAAAUUGUUUGUUUUGCCAUGAUUCGUUUUAAUUUUUCUUCGGGAUGCUGAUAGAAAAAUCAUCCACCCUUAAAAAUACACGCGCUUAAUCUCAUCCUUUGCGGGACUUCUUUUUAUCGGAUUGUAUCCUAAUCGAGUGGGAGUCGGUUUCUUUUCGGACAGCAUCAGGACAUCAAAAGUGGCUGAGUGGCAGUUGAAUUCUUGGCGAAUUGGUGUUUUCUUUUAUUAAGGAUAAGUUGCCUUCACCAAAAACGUGGCUAGCGUACAUCGAUUCUAAAACUAUAUAAAAUCAAAAACAGCAACAUUCAAACAUUUGAUUGAUUUGUUGUUGUUGUUGAAAUAAUAUAAUAAUAAAUCUCAAAGCCAUCGCACAUAACAAAGCAUCACAUCAAUAUUAUUAUUAUUGUCCAGAUCUAGAGAGCGAGAGGUAUAAAAUAACUGCGAGAGCAGAAUUAACCCAGAACACACCACAAGUCCACAACUCAACAAUACCAUACACUUUACUGCCCCACAGCAAUCCAGCAUCACAAUGCAUCCGCGUCGGGUUAUCAAACGUAAAUGAAUCGCAUUUAAUUAAUAUUGUAAUUGUCGUUAUCAGAAUUGAAAUGAAGUGAAGUACAAAACAAAAAUAAUCGUGAAAAGAAAGAAAAAAUAAAACAAAAAAUUUCAGUCACAAAGAAAUUAAAACAAAGUUAAUAUCAGUCUCGGUUUUCAUUCGGUUCGGUUAAGAAAGCAAAAUCUUAUUUGAAAUAAAAACAAAUUGUUUUUCGUGAAUUUUGGUUUCUUAAAAAUAAAAAUCUUCGAAAUACGAGAAUCAUCUCAAUUUUUGCAACAAGACAUCAAAACCAGAGAAAAUCAAAACAAUGGCGUUCGUAACAUUUCGAAAGAAUCGUUCGUUAUUUUCCAGUUAUUCGUACGUUUGUGUUUUUGUGUUCGCGUUAGCUUUAAUUCAGAUGCAGUUGCAGUGUGUGGUGCAAUGUGCAUAUGUAAAUCAAACUGCAUCACCAGAACCUAACCAACAUCAAGUUGUGGAGGUUCAACCUCAGAAUAAUAAUCACCAUCAUCAUCAUGAUGAAGAACAACCGCAUCUGAUCCACAGCAGAAAUCACCAUCAUCAUCAGCACCAGCAUCAGCAGCAGCAUGAGCAGGUGCAAGGGCAGCAGCAGCAGAGGCAGCAGCAGCAACAACCAUCAGAACAGAAUCAUCAUCACCAUAAUCAUCAGCAUCACAAUCAUAAUCAUCAGUAUCAGCAUCAGCAUCAGCAUCAGCGCCACCAGGCAGAACACCCUGUAACGCAGCACCAGCAACAGCAUGAGCAGCAUCAGCAAGAGGUUGAGGUCAACCCACCUCUGCUGAACCCUCAGAGUCAUCAUCAGCAGCAGCUUCACCAUCAUGUCCAUCGACACAACCAUGAGGAAUAUGAAUUCGUUCCAAAGUCGCGGUCUACGUCUCCGUCGUCGUCGUCAUCAUCGUCAUCUCCGAGUUCGACGUCAAUAUCGCCUUCAGUUGGAGGACACCACUAUCAUAGUAAAUUUACUAUAGAGGAGCUUAUGCACACCAAGUACGAGACUAAGACGUCCAACGAUGUGGAUAUGGAUCCAUGUAAAGCGGGAGGAUUUAUGGGUGACAUAGCAUUGCCUGACCUCAAUUAUCGCACCACAUCAGAACCAAUUGUUGCUCGUACACCUGCCGCAGUCCCAUCAACUUCAACCAUAACUUCAGCUGCGACUUCUUCUUCGUCUUCUUCUUCCCCAUCUUCAUCUAUUGUCAAUGGCGGCAGUGGCGGCAGUUGGAAGGCAACCGAUUCAAAGUUCAACAAAACCUUUCAACAGGAACUCGAACUUCUAAAACAAGAAGUAUACAACGAAGGGCUUCAGGUGGAGGAAGAAGGACUAACCGAUAUAAUUAGAAAGAAAACUAAACUGCCAAGCUCGAAUAAUGAGAACUUAAAUGAGCGAAGCCGUAAUGAUCCAAUUCUGUCAGCCAAUGAACCAGUUAAAGUCCAUCCCGCCACACCGUACGAUUAUUCGACGAAAAAUUUAAAAAACCAAAUCAUUACAAGACAACCAAAGGAGAGUUCAUAUCCGGCGGAAACAGAGAAUUUCGAACCGAAAAUUUCGAUUCGAGAAAAACCGAUUACUAUGGACGAAUAUCCUCCUGGGAAUACGAUAACCAAUGGCAAUGGUGCACCUGGUCUGAGUCCUGGUGACCUGAUGAGAAGUGAAACCAUGGAACAGAUCCGACUUCGACAACAGCAGCUCACAGCUGAGGCAGAAAAAUUGAAUAAAUCCUCAACAGUGAAUCAUAGCAUUCGAAAUGUCGACCGACGAAAGAUCCAAUCGAACACAAAAGACAUCGAAGACGAUUCAGGAAACAAUUUUGUUUCGGAACGAAAGGUUAUUAUAUUACCAACAUCGAUUCCAACAUCGAGAUCGACUUUGCCAAAUGUUUACAGCAAUGCUGGAGGCAAUGGGGUAAAAUUGGACGACGUCGAGUUCCUGCAUGCUGAUGGGAUUGUAAGGAGACGACAUCGAAGAGGUAGAAAAAAUCGACGUAGUUCUGAACCAACACGUGACUAUAAUGCUCGACUGGAAAAACUUAAAGCAGAACUAAAUCGUCCCGUUUUGACUGCCGACGAUAAUCCAAAACUUCACAACCGAAUUCACAACAAACAUACAAAAUCGCUUCCAACUGAAUGGAUAUCAGCUACCGAAUCCCUUGCUUCAAUAACCAAACCCACAAGUGAUAUGUCUCUCCUUGAAUCUGUGCCACCAGAGCCAAAAGUACUAGAAGUAGAAGUGGAACCAGAACCAAAGCACGAAGCAAAAUCAGAAGCAGAAGCACAUCCCCAUGCCCAUCAUCAGACGUCAUCAACUCCAGUUUCCCAACCUGCAAUAGGAGAAGCUGCUUUAUCAGCAUCAGAAUCAGCAUCAGCAGAUGUGCCAGCAAAGUCUCAUCACAAAUUCAUAACUGCUAAAAGUUUUAAUUAUUCGUCUGAAAACAUGGAUGAACUGGAAAUCCUCUCCAAAAGGAAAUCAACGAUGGACGCAAUCAAUGCCGAAGUGAACACAUCUCUUGAAAUGCAAUUACGAAAUGAGGAGCAUUUAAAACAUUUGGAACACCAUCAUCGUACAGCGCGAGCAGUUACUGCCAAAAAGGAACGUGUCUGGGAUUACGGCGUCAUUCCAUAUGAAAUAGAUGGCAACUUUAGUGGAUUUCACAAAGCGCUCUUCAAGCAAGCCAUGCUCCAUUGGGAAAAUUUCACAUGCAUCAAAUUCGUCGAGCGUGACCCAGAGAACCAUCCCAAUUAUAUUGUAUUUACCGUCCGAAAUUGUGGAUGCUGUUCUUUUGUUGGUAAAAGAGGCAAUGGUCCACAAGCCAUCUCAAUCGGCAGGAAUUGCGAUAAGUUCGGCAUUGUGGUACAUGAGCUGGGACAUGUCGUCGGCUUCUGGCACGAGCACACAAGGCCCGAUCGUCAGGAGCACGUUGUCAUCGAACACAAUAACAUAAUGAAGGGACAAGAUUAUAACUUUAACAAGUUGACGCCAGACGACGUUGAUUCCCUGGGCAUGGCCUACGACUAUGACUCCAUUAUGCACUAUGCAAGGAAUACAUUUUCCAAAGGCACCUAUCUAGAUACAAUACUGCCAAUCGAAGUGAAGGGUAAAAAACGUCCUGAGAUUGGACAGCGCUUGAGGCUGAGUGCCGGUGACAUAUCGCAGGCUAAACUACUCUACAAAUGCCCCAAAUGCGGGCGAACUUUUCAAGAGAAUACUGGAAGUUUUGCCAGUCCGUCGUAUUUCACACCAAUUGCUGUCAAUGAAACCGAACGCUGCGAAUGGAGAAUAACAGCCACACAUGGUGAGAGGAUUGUCCUGAGGCUUGAAAAUCUGAAUAUAUUCAAAUCGGAGAAAUGUCAAAUGGACUAUCUGGAAAUACGUGAUGGUUACUAUUAUAAGUCACCACUAAUUGGACGAUUUUGCGGAAAGGCAGCUAAGGAGGUCGUAACUACUGUCAGUAGCAGGAUGUUGCUCACUUAUGUUAAUGGGCAUCGGAAUGCUGGUUAUCGGGGCUUUAAGGCUGAUUUUGAAGCAAUUUGUGGUGGCGAACUAUCCGUGGAUGAAUACGACGGACGAUUGGAGUCUCCCAACUAUCCGUUGGAAUAUUUACCGAACAAGGAAUGCAUUUGGAGGAUAACUGUGCCAAAAGGAUAUCAAGUGGCACUCAAAUUCCAAUCGUUCGAAGUUGAGAACCACGAUAGCUGUGUGUACGAUUAUGUCGAGGUCCAUGACGGCGACAGUGCUGAAUCUGACUUGAUUGGGGUAUUUUGUGGUUACAAGCCCCCACCGAAUAUGAAGUCAAGUUCCAAUACGAUGUUUGUGAAGUUCGUUUCCGACAGUUCGGUGCAGAAGGCUGGAUUCUCAGCUAUUUUCAUGAAGGAAGUGGACGAGUGCGAGACACAAAAUCAUGGAUGUGAACAUGACUGCAUCAAUACUUUGGGUGGAUACGAGUGCAGUUGUCAUAUUGGCUAUGAGCUGCACAGUGACAAGAAGCAUUGUGAAGAUGCCUGCGGUGGUGAAAUCGAAGCAAUGAAUGGCACAAUUACAUCGCCAUCGUUUCCCGAAAUCUAUCCCAUUCUAAAGGAGUGCAUUUGGGAGAUUGUUGCACCGCCACGUCACAAAAUCUCAUUGAAUUUCACCCACUUCGAUUUAGAGGGAACGGCACACGAGCAAUCCGAUUGCGGAUACGAUUCAGUGACAAUAUACUCGAAAUUGGGUGAGAAUCGAUUGAAACGCAUCGGCACCUACUGUGGCCAUAUGAUCCCGCCGGUAGCCACAUCAGAGGGCAAUGCGCUCCGCAUUGAAUUCCAUUCGGAUAAAUCCAUUCAGAAGACAGGAUUUGCUGCCGUAUUCUUUACGGACAUCGAUGAGUGCUCCGUUAAUAAUGGCGGAUGUCAUCAUGAAUGUCAGAAUACCAUUGGCUCGUAUGUUUGUUUCUGCCGGAAUGGCUACACGUUGCACGAAAAUGGACACGAUUGCAAGGAGGGCGAAUGCAAGUACGAGAUCUCAGCACCAAUUGGCAAUAUCUACAGUCCGAAUUAUCCGGAUACUUAUCCGGCAAGUGUGAUUUGUGUUUGGCAUUUCACGACAACACCGGGACAUCGAAUUAAGUUGAUAUUCAAUGAAUUUGAAUUUGAACCUCAUCAGGAAUGUGGUUAUGACAAUGUCACUCUGUAUGACGGUGGAUCCGAGAAUAGCGGACAUUUGGGCAAAUUCUGUGGCAAUAAGAUUCCAUAUCCGAUAUCAGCGACAUCCAAUCAAAUGUACAUGGUAAUGAAGGUGGACAAUAAUAAGCAGUACAAAGGAUUUACGGCCACACAUUCUACAGCUUGUGGUGGUUACCUCCUGGCCACAAAUCAAAUUCAACAAUUCUACUCUCACGCCCGAUUUGCCGACCGCAAUUACGACGAAAACAUGGACUGCGAGUGGACCAUUCAAGCACCCACAAGUAGCAAUGUUCAAUUAUUUUUCCUUGAAUUCGAUAUCGAAAAUAACGAAAACUGCACCUACGACUAUGUGGAAGUGUACUCUGGCAUGGAGGACACCAGUGGCCCACUCUAUGGCAGAUUCUGUGGAAAUACGGUUCCCCAGGAGAUAAUCUCACUGACAGAUUCACUUUUGGUCCGUCUUAAGACAGACGAGAGUGUUACCAUGAAGGGAUUCUCAGCAUCGUAUGUUGCUGUCGAUCCUUUCGAGACCAGCGACGAAGAUACAAAUUCAGAUAGUUCCGAGAUGGUGACACCAUUCGAAGGAUAUCUCAAGAGCAUCUACAAACCCGACACCGAAGAGUACGACGAGUACAACGACUACAGUGAGAAUCAUCUGAUGCUUCCAAGUCGCCUCAGGAACAGAAGUCGAUACAAGAAUUAUUUCUAAAUGGGAUUUCUUGAUUUGUUCCUAUCACCCUACGGGCAGGUAUCUAUACUUUAAACAUACACAACUAGGAAGGUAUAUAUGAAAUGGAGCUUCAUCAUAUCAGCCGAAUUGAAAAUAAAUACGAUGCAAUCUUGUGUUAGGAAAAUAUAAAACAGACAAUUACUUAAGACGGAAAAAAAUACAAAAAUAUCCUUCAUGACGAGAAAUGUUAAAGUUUCAACAAAAUAAAAUUAUUAGAGAAGGAAAACUUAAUAAAUAAGAAAAAUCCAAAAAUUAUGUACGACAUCAUAAACAUAAGAACAUGGGACUCUCAAUACAAUAACUAAUAUUUAGGCAAACAAAAUAAUAAUUAUUUAUAGGUGAAUUUAAAAUUGACAAAUACAUAACUUAAUAAAAAAAAAAAUUAAAAUCAUAAUACGUAGAUACUUUUAUUUCUUAAAGUAAUAAAACAAAAACAAAAAAUAACUACCUAUAUUAUAUAUUAAAAAUAUUUAUAAAGCAAUACAAGAAAAACGAUGAUGAAUUUUAUACAAAAUCAUUUAAAAUUAAAAACAGAAAUCAUUUAAAUUUAAAUUUUUAAAAAUAGAACACAAUAAAAUAAUAAUAAUUGUAAUUUUAAGACUUAUAAUGUGCAAAAUGGCAAAAAAACAAAUUGAAUAAAAAUAAAAUCAUAAUAAACAAACGUCAUAUCCUUUUCAUCGAUAAUAAUAAUAAUUAAAAUAAUAAACAUUAAAAACAAAAAAUCAAAAAAUCAAAACAGCAAUUGGUUAUUUUCAUGUUUAAGAAAACGUAUAACCCAAAAACCCCGAAAACCCCUUAAGUGAUUAAGUAGAGAAUGAAAGUGUAAUUUUAUUAUUAUAUAUAUACGUAUAUAUGGCUAUAUAUUUAUGGAACGUCAAAAAUAAAUAAAACAUAAACAAAACAUGUUACUGUAUAAGAAAAAUUGAAA